AUGUUUCGCAUGUUUGCUUUAUGUUUGUGCUGGUGGUGUUUAACUGGUGUGUUUGGUGAGUCUGUGUCAGUGACGGAGGGAGAUUCAAUUACUCUAAACACUGAUACUCAAAUACUUAAAGUUGACAUACAGUGGAAAUUUGGAGCUGAAAACUCGAUCAUAGCUAAAAUUAAACUUAAAUUGCAAAUCUUCUCCACAAUUGAUAAUACUCUUAAUGGGAGAUUUAGAGACAGGCUGAAGCUGGACAAUCAAACUGGAUCUCUGACCAUCAUGAACAUCAGAUCUGAACAUGCUGGAGAUUAUAAAGUGCUGAUCACUGGAGAAAAACUGACAACAAAAUCAUUCAGCGUUUCUGUCUAUGCUCGUCUGCCUGUUCCUGUCCUCAUCUUCAACUCUUCUCAGUGUUCUUCAUCAGUGCAGUAUUGUUCAGUGUUGUGUUCAGUGGUGAAUGUGAGUGCUGUGAGUCUCUCCUGGUACAAAGGAAACAGUUUAUUGUCCAGCAUCAGUGUGUCUGAUCUCAGCAUCAGUCUCUCUCUACCUCUGGAGGUGGAAUAUCAGGAUAACAACACCUACAGCUGUGUGAUCAACAACACCAUCAGCAACCACACCACACAUCUGGACAUCCACACACUCUGUGAGCUCUAUGAAGGUCAUCCAGGAUCUCUGCUAGUGUUGAUCUCUGCUGCUGGAUCUCUCCUGAUUAUUUCUGCAGUCGGGAUCUUCUACAUCUGCAGGAAACACAGAAAAACAGAUCAAGAAGUUGAGAUUCAAUCAGAGAUCACUUACGCUGAGACGGUGUUCAGCAAAAGACGCGUGUAUAAAUCAAUAAAGACCUACAACUUGAGAUCAGCUCAGUAUAAGGAGAUGUUCUGCCAUUUGAUGCUGAUUUUGCGGAGAAUUUGA